UGAGUGGGAGAAGACGCUCGGGUUGUUAAGGAGACUCCUCCCGCCUCCUGGGGAAACCCGGCUUUUUCUGUGCUUUGCCAUUGGUUGUUGUUAUCCUGGGGUCCCGGCGCGGACAACGUGAGGGGAAAAAUGGCGGCGGUGGCAGUUGGGGCCCCCGGGUGCCGCGUGUCCAGCGGACGGGACCUCAACUGCGUCCCAGAAGUGGCUGAUACGUUGGGGGCCGUGGCGAAACAAGGCUUCGAUUUCCUUUGCAUGCCCGUCUUCCACCCCCGAUUCAAGAGGGAGUUCACCCAGGAACCUGCCAAGACCCGCCGUGGGCCCCAUACACGGUCUGACCUGCUGCUGUCAGGACGGGACUGGAAUACUUUGAUUGUGGGAAAGCUAUCUCCAUGGAUCCGCCCUGAUUCCAAAGUGGAGAAGAUAAGAAGGAAUUCAGAGGCGGCCAUGUUGCAGGAGUUGAAUUUUGGGGCAUACCUGGGGCUUCCAGCUUUCCUGUUACCUCUCACUCAAGAAGAUAACACUAACCUGGCCAGAGUCCUGACCAAUCACAUUCACACAGGCCAUCAUUCUUCCAUGUUCUGGAUUCGAGUACCCUUGAUGGCAGCAGAAGACCUACGGGAUGAUGUCAUUGGGAAUGAACCUCUUACACGGACAGAGCCAUAUAUUGGGGAGGAGAAGACAUGGAUGUGGUGGCAUAACUUUCGAACCCUUUGUGACUACAGCAAGAGGAUUGCAGUGGCUAUUGAAGUUGGUGCUGACCUCCCAUCCAAUCAUAUUAUUGACCGAUGGCUUGGGGAGCCAAUCAAAGCAGCCAUCCUUCCCACCAGCAUCUUCUUGACCAAUAAGAAGGGAUUCCCUGUCCUUUCUAAGGCACACCAGAGGUUGAUCUUCCUGCUCCUCAAGUUGGAAGUACAGUUCAUCAUUACUGGUGCCAAUCAUCACUCGGAAAAGGAAUUCUGCACCUACCUGCAGUAUUUGGAAUACCUGAGCCAGAACCGUCCACCGCCUAAUGCCUAUGAACUCUUUGCCAAGGGCUAUGAGGACUAUCUCCAGUCACCACUCCAGCCACUGAUGGACAAUCUGGAGUCACAAACUUAUGAAGUGUUUGAGAAGGAUCCCAUCAAAUACUCCCAGUACCAGCAGGCUAUCUACAAAUGUCUCUUGGAUCGUGUACCAGAAGAGGAAAAGAUUACCAAUGUACAGGUAUUAAUGGUGUUAGGUGCAGGCCGGGGUCCUCUGGUGAAUGCUUCCCUGCGGGCUGCCCAGCAAGCUGAUCGGAGGGUGAAGCUGUAUGCUGUAGAGAAGAACCCCAAUGCUGUGGUUACGUUGGAGAACUGGCAGUAUGAAGAGUGGGGCAGGCAGGUGACAGUGGUAUCAUCAGACAUGCGGGAAUGGGUAGCACCUGAGAAGGCGGACAUCAUUGUUAGUGAACUCCUGGGCUCCUUUGCAGAUAAUGAACUAUCACCUGAAUGCCUGGAUGGAGCCCAGCACUUCCUAAAAGAUGAUGGAGUGAGCAUCCCAGGGGAGUAUACGUCUUUCCUAGCCCCCAUCUCCUCAUCUAAGCUGUACAAUGAAGUCCGGGCAUGUCGAGAAAAGGACCGAGACCCUGAGGCCCAGUUUGAGAUGCCUUACGUAGUUCGACUGCACAACUUUCACCAGCUUGCUGAACCCCAGCCUUGCUUUACCUUUAGCCAUCCCAACCGAGAUCCUGUGAUUGACAACAACCGCUACCGCACAUUGGAGUUUCCUGUAGAGGUGAACACUGUCCUGCAUGGGUUUGCAGGCUACUUUGAGACCGUGCUUUAUCAGGACAUUACUCUGAGUAUCCGUCCAGAGACCCACUCUCCUGGAAUGUUCUCCUGGUUUCCUAUUCUUUUUCCUAUCAAGCAGCCCAUCACUGUGCAUGAAGGGCAGACUAUCUGUGUGCGAUUCUGGCGAUGCAGCAAUGCCAAGAAGGUGUGGUAUGAAUGGGCAGUGACGGCACCUAUCUGCUCAGCUAUUCACAACCCUACUGGUCGCUCCUAUACCAUCGGCCUCUAGUGCUGCCUGCUAGUGCCCAAAGCCUUAGGAACCAGGAACCAGCUCCCAGUUCCCCUGUAGCACUGAAAGAACCAGUAAUUAUUCCCUAGGACUGCAUCACCAUUGCCAUUCAUCAGAUCAGGGUAUCCUCAUCUGCUUUUCUCGUUUUGUAUAAAGGUGGGUAAAAGGGCAGAAUUAAUUAAUUAGAGUGCCCCUUGUCCCAUUCUAUGAAAGAUCCUGGGCUGCAGAAUGUGAAGCCACAGGGACGGCACAGCUUCCAGGGCUUCCUGGAACAAACCCUGAUAAUACUGGACUGAGUGAUUUUCAACCCUGCCCAACUCUGUGUUCCUCAUGGUUCUUCUAUGUCAAAGGAAAUACAAAUAAAGCAAAAUUAUGGCCCUUCCUGCCCCCACUCACCCUUGCCCCUGCCUCUGAUUCUUAGGACCCGAUAUAUAAACUCAGUCACAUUCAUUUCUAGGCCAGGAGCCAGAUCCUGAAAUCACCUGAGUGAGAGCCAUUCUUGUCCUAUAGCCAGGAAGUUGAAUUGAGCAUCCUUUUGGCCGUUGGAGCCAACAUUUUGCUAAGCCUUGGCUUGUCAGUUGGGACAGUUAUAUACCUGCCCUACAGGGAAAGAAUUUCAGGGUUGGAAGGGAUUUCUGAGGCCAUUUUGUCCAACCUAUUGCUUGAAUAAGAACUCCCCUCUAUGAUAGACAAGUAGACAUCCAGUUUUUUUUGUUUUAACUCUCUAGUGAGGAAGGAUCCAUUAUUUACCCAAGUAGACUAAUUUCUUUUUGGAUGGCUCUUAAGUGUUAAAUGGGUUUUUCUUAUA